GCAACAAAUCUAAAAUCCAAAUGGUGUGGUGCAGAAAUAGUUUCGUCCUAUUUCAUUCGGUUUACCCGACAAAACCAACAAAGUUUCAUGUCCCCAAACUCACAAAUUUACAGAACACACGAAAAACAGUUGCACUGCGCCGUCGUCACAAACAUGUACUACGUUGUUUUACAUAUAAAUUCCCAAAAACAGUACACAAAAGCAGCAGCAUCUACGUAUGGACGAAAACACAUAUGAAACGCUUUACCCACCAACAAACAUCUUCAAAUUCUUCAUCUCCUUCUUCCUCAAGACCUAACAAAUCAAUGACUUCUUCACUUUCUUCCUUUUUCCUCUCAAACCCUCGUCCUUUUCGUCCUCCUCAAAACCCUAAUUCCAACCCCCAUCUCGUUUUCCCACUUCGUACCCUGAAUUUCUCUUCCAAAUCUACCCCACCCCCACCUAACCCCGAUUCAAAACCACCCACCAUUCAAGAACCACCGUUCCCACCUCCUCCUCCUACGGCGGCGCGUGAGAAGAAAUCAUUCGCGGUGGCGACUGGGGAGCUAUUUCUUGGGAUUGCUUCACGAGUAUUGAGGCGUGGGAAUAAUAUAGUUAAUGGAUGGAAUGAGGAGCCGACACGUGUGACUAUGUUUAAGGAUGAUGAUGAUGAAGAGAGUAGUGAAUCGUAUUUCUUGAAAAGGAGGAAAGAAGGGAUAGCGACAGUGGUUGAAGACCCGGUUCAACCUGAAGUUGUGUGGGAGCAAACUGAGAAGGAUUUGGAAGCUGAGAAGAGGUUAAAAAAAGUGACUAGUCCUGGAUUUAGUUUCUCUGCUGCUGGGCUUUUGUUUCCGUAUCAUCUUGGUGUUGCUAAGCUUCUAAUUGAGAAAGGUUAUAUCAAGGAGACAACACCACUAGCUGGUUCAUCUGCUGGUGCCAUUGUCUGUGCAGUGGUUGCUUCUGGUGCCAGUAUGCAAGAGGCUCUAGAUGCUACUAAAAUAUUAGCUCAAGAUUGUCGGCUCAAAGGGACAGCAUUUCGCUUAGGGGCUGUUCUUAGAGAAGUUCUUGAGAAAUUUCUUCCAGAUGAUGCUCAUAUUAGGUGUAAUGGAAGAGUUCGUGUUGCUGUUACACAGAUACUUUGGAGGCCCAGAGGCCUAUUGGUUGAUCAGUUUGAUUCUAAGGAGGAUCUUAUCAAUGCUGUAUUCACUUCUUCUUUUAUCCCCGGAUAUCUUGCUCCACGACCGGCUACGUUUUUCAGGAAUAGACUCUGUAUUGAUGGGGGGCUGACACUGUUUAUGCCACCGACAUCUGCUGCUCAAACGGUGCGCAUUUGUGCUUUUCCAGCCAGUCGAUUGGGAUUGCAGGGAAUUGGUAUAAGUCCUGACUGCAACCCUGAAAAUAGGGCCACUCCCCGCCAGCUUUUCAAUUGGGCACUUGAGCCAGCAGAAGAUGAUAUUCUUGAUAAGCUCUUUGCGCUAGGUUAUGCCGAUGCAGCUGUGUGGGCCCUGGAGAACCCGGUCGGGGACUUACUUCAAGAUGACAGUUCUUCCAUAGGCAGCAGUCUUGCACUAUAGCUUUAUGACGAUUGAUUUAGUUCAAAGAGUGUAUGAGAUCGAGAU